UUAGAUAGAUAAUAAGCCUUCUCGGAUAGCCAACGUGGAGUCAUAUCCACCCUUGUAAACGCAUCAGGAUGCGUCUGUAGGCGAAGAAGAAGUUGCCAUGCUAUGCUUUGAUGGUCCCGAUUUGGACUCGCAAGGUAGCCAUCCGACCGAGUUCCAAGCCCGUCGUCACCUUCUUCUCCUCGGAUCCCAACCCUUCGGCUCGCCCUCUUCCAACAUCCAUUGUCGUUAGAUCCCUCUCCGCUGAACCACUUGCCUCCUGUCAUGGCUUCGGAAUGCCCCGUGAGCGAUCGCCCGUCAAGACCGCCCGCUACCUGCUCGACGAAAUGCCCGUACCCGACUUCCGAACAUGCAACCAGAGGAUCAGGGCCCAUACGUCGGGCCGCGAUUACCAGGCAUCGCUCUCCGUGUUCGUGCGAAUGCUUGGCGCCCGGCUCAGGCCCGAUGGCUUUGCGCUCGCCGCCGUCGUCAAGUCCGCGGCGGCGCUUCGUGUCGCUGGACACGCACGGGCCGUCCAUGGGUUUGCUGUGAAGGCGGGAUUCGCGGGGAUCGUGGCGGUCCAGAAGGCGAUGAUCGACAUGUAUGCCGGAUUUGGAGCGCUGCGUGAUGCUUGCCAGGUUUUCGAGGAGGUGGGUCAUCGAGAUUCGGUCACUUGGAACGUGCUGUUGACGGGAUAUGCUCGUACGGGGCUUUCCGAGGACGCGAUGCGUUUGUUCCACUCCAUGCAUGGGUGUGGUGUCGAGGGUGUCAAGCCUACUGCGGUGACUAUUGCUGUGAUCCUUCCGGUUAUCGCCAAGCUAAACGUUCUGAAGACAGGGCAAGGUGUCCAUGCUUACGUGAUCAAGAUUGGAUUAGACACUGAUACUUUGGUGGGAAAUGCACUUGUGUCGAUGUACGCAAAAUGCGGUAGCAUCAUCGAUGAUGCUCACAAAGUGUUCUCGCUCAUAUCUUCGAAGGACACGGUAUCAUGGAAUUCCUUGAUUGGAGGGUACUCUCAGUGUGGGUUAUUUGCUGAGGCAUUCCGACUGUUCUCUCGGAUGGUGUCGAUGAAUUUCUUGCCGAAUGAUACAACACUUGUGACUGUUCUUCCUAUCUGUGCAUUCACGGAAGGUGGCUGGCAUCGUGGAAAUGAAUUCCACUGUUACAUUCUGCGGCAUGGUUUAGAUGUGCAACUUUCUAUUUGUAAUUCACUUCUGACGCAUUAUUCAAAGGUUGGAGACAUGAAGAGAGCUGAAUAUAUCUUCGGUCGAUUGGAUUCAUGGGACCUCGUGACAUGGAACACCAUGAUUGCUGGAUAUGCCAUCAACGGGUGGACCUCAAAGGCAUUAGAUUUACUUCAGCAGUUGCUGAUCGGUAGCACAAAACCUGACUCAGUUACUUUCCUAAGCAUUCUUCCUGUAUGUGCUCAACUGUAUGAUGUAGAAGGGGGAAGGAAGAUCCAUGGUUAUGUUAUUCGGCAGAAUCUACUGUGCCAGGAAACAUCUUUAGGGAAUGCUAUCGUUGAUUUCUAUGGAAGGUGCGGUGACAUAGUGGAUGCACUACAAACUUUUAGGGGUAUUAAUAAGAAAGAUAUAAUAUCAUGGAACACAAUGCUUUCAGCUUGUAUCAAUAAUGAACAGUUGGAGAAGUUUGCUGACCUCCUGACUCAAAUGAUUUGCGAAGGGAUACAACCUGACUCUGUAACAAUUUUGAGUGUUCUUCGGGCAAGCACUACAUAUGGCAUAAGAAAGGUCAGAGAAGCUCAUGCUUAUUCCUUUCGUGCUGGUUUCGUGAGUCAUAUUACUGUUGGAAAUGCGAUACUUGAUGCAUAUGCAAAGUGUGGGAGCACUGAGGGUGCACAUAGAACCUUCUUGAACUUGACAGGAAGGAAUGUCAUCACAGGCAAUACAAUGAUCUCAGGCUAUCUGAAGCAUGGUCGUUCAGAGGAUGCAGAGAUGGUCUUUGGUCAGAUGUGUGAAAAGGAUCUCACAACUUGGAAUCUCAUGGUGCAAGCUUAUGCUCAGAACGAUUGCAGUGAUCUUGCAUUUACUCUGUUUCAUCAGUUGCAGAGUGAGGGCAUGAGACCUGACGCUCUGAGCAUCAUGAGCAUUCUUCCAGCUUGUGCACGUCUGGCUUCUCCUUGUCUGGUAAGGCAGUGUCAUGGCUAUGUGAUCCGUACUUCUCUAUACGACAUUCACCUCGAAGGUGCUCUCUUAGAUUCAUACUCGAAAUGUGGAAGCUUAGAUGAUGCAUACAAACUCUUUCAGGCAAGCCCCAAGAAGGACUUGGUAACCUUUACUGCUAUGCUUGGUGGCUAUGCAAUGCAUGGAUUGGCAGAAGAGGCAAUCAGAGUCUUCUCUGAUAUGCUUGAAGCCCAUGUAAAACCAGAUCAUGUUAUCAUGACUGCUGUUCUGUCAGCUUGCAGUCAUGCAGGGUUAAUUGAUGUUGGGUGGAGGCUUUUCAAGUCCACAAUUGAGAUUCAUGGUAUUAGACCUACAAUGGAGCACUAUGCCUGUAUGGUGGAUCUUCUUGCUCGAAGAGGACAACUGAUAGAAGCUUAUGAGUUUAUAUUGGACAUGCCCUGUGAGGCUAAUGCCAAUGUGUGGGGUACGCUGCUGGGAGCAUGUAAAAUCCACAAGGAGGUGGAAAUUGGGCGGAUGGUGGCAGAUCACUUAUUUGAUGCUGAGGCUGAAAACAUUGGAAACUAUGUGGUGAUGUCAAAUAUAUAUGCUGCAGAUGGGAGGUGGGAAGGUGUUGAGCAGGUCAGGAGACUGAUGAAGACCAGGGACCUCAAGAAGCCAGCAGGAUGCAGCUGGCUUGAGGUUUCAAUGAAGAGGCAUGUAUUUGUGGCUGGUGAUCUAUCUCAUCCACAAAGAACCUUCAUUUACAGUACACUGAGGACUUUGGAUCAGCUGAUGAAAGAGCCAAUGGAAAGGAUUUGCAUUCGAGCAAACUGACAAUGAAGAGACAUGGACUUGUGGCUGGUGAUCUAUCUCAUCGAAAAAGAACCUUCAUUUACAAUACACUGAGGACUUUGGAUCAGCUGAUGAAAGAGCCAAUGGAAAGGAUUUGCAUUUGAACAAACAGACAGAUUUCUCUGCUCUUGAUCUUCUAAUAUCUUCGCUAUAUCUCCCACAAUUUAUAUAUUACUCAGGCCUCCAGAGCAACAUACACAAAAACAAAGUAAACAUAUAGUAGUCGGUGAUGCCUCAACUACACGGAUGUUGCCUGAAAAAAGCAUUAUCUGAUUAUAAAUGAAAUCAGUUAUAAUGAUAAUCUGAGAACUUUUAGUUGAAGUUUUCUCCUUGGUGGAAACAAAAUGUUGACCAUAAAGCUGGCAUUCUAUUGGAUUAGCUGCUUCUAGUUCUAAUAACAAGUGUUGUUUAAUAUCUGUGGCAGCAGAGAAAAGAGUUUUUGAUUAAGAUCAACUCAGUGUCAUUUGAGAUUCCUCAAGAACAGUAGUGCAAGAUCUUGGAACAUCAAACAUUCAAUGUUUGGUGGUAUCAGUGUAGGAGUAAUCUAAAAU